AUGGCAUUCCAGCAAAUGCAACAAGAGGCUUCCGUACUCAAAUACCCAGAAGACUUCGGUCUUCAUCCAAAUGUAUCCCUAGAAAACGCAGCCAACAUGCUAUUCCGUGCCAUCCAAUCCUCUCACAACCAACCCUACGCAUGGACUUUUAUCGACAAGCCAGUCGCAGAAGUCAAAUUCGACUCCCAAGACACGGCAGCAUGGCGCUACUGCCUUCACAAAGGCAGUCACCCCCAACUAGUCCUAAUUCACCACUCCCGUGUACCUCCCAUCGAGAUCGACCCAUCUCUCAUGAAUUACCCUGUCAGGCACUACCUACUAUUACAAAUCACGGACCCUCCUAUAUAUGUCAUGGGCGAAAGGGCGGGUCAAAAAGACUUCCCACACCUCGCAGUCAUGUCCGUAUCAAGGUGGUAUACCCCAAGUAGGAAUGAACCCGCAGGCGACGAUAGCGCAGUAGAACAGAGGAGGGAGCGUGAACGGAUGAGAGAUGGGAGUGGGGGCGUAGGAGUGGACCAACGGCCUGGUCAUCCACGGCUAAAUGAUGACGAAUCCGCAGCAAUUACGAGAUAUCGGAGAAACCACGAGUUAAUGGAAGAAGUCUUCAGGCAUGCAGCUUUUGCAAAAAAACCUUCGUCAUCAAAAAGAAUAUGCCAGGGCUUUGACAAAGCAGAACUAGAGGCUAAAAGUGCUAAAUUGCAAGACGACGUAGGGACACUUCAGGCCAAGGCUGCUGAGCUGGAAGGCUCAGAAAGUAAUGGCGGACGACGUGAUAGUUACAGCUAG